AUGGAAUUUUGGGAACUUUUUCAGGCGUAUAUAACGCUUUUAUCGGUGACCACAACGUGGUUAAUAGGUCGUCGUAUGAAUUUGGGACGACGCGCCAAGAUUGCGUUGCAUUCGACAAUGGCGAUGGGUUAUGCUCAAGUGCUUCUCGGCAUUGUCACUCUAGUGCAUUACGUUCCGGUAUGGCUAGGUGCACUGCAUCAGAGUGGUUCGAUGGCCGUGAUGACGUUCGUUUUUUGGUUAUCGAAUGAAAUACGACGAAUUCCGAAGUGA